CUCAUAAUGCAGUUUUGAAUUUUGAAUACCCCGUCUCUCUCACUUUAUCCCUCCGCACCUUUGAUUAUUAAUCAUCAUAACUAACACCGCCGUGUCCCCGCCGGCCUCCACCAGCAACCCACCGCCGUUAAUGGAACCAAAAAACCCACUCUGUUUUGCACUUGCUCUGUUUUUCUCAGCAAUAAUCUUUUGGCCGGCGGGGAGAGUGACUUCCUUCGGCAUCAACUACGGCCGGAUCGGAAACAACCUUCCGGCGCCGGAAACUGCCGUCCGGCUAGUGAAAUGCACCGGAGCAACAAAGGUCAAGCUCUACGACGCCGAUCCCAAUGUGCUCAGAGCCUUCGCCAACACCGGCGUGGAGCUGAUCAUCAGCGUCGGAAACGAGCGCCUGCCGGAGAUGAAGGACUGCGACAAAGCCCAGGACUGGGUGGACCAGAGCGUGCGCCCGUUUCUACCGGCGACCAAAAUAACGGCCGUCAUAGUCGGAAACGAAGUCCUGAGCUCGAGCGCCGCCGCCGCUCCCCGCCACCAAGACCUCCUUCCGGCAAUGCAAAACGUUUACUACGCUCUCCAGACGCGGAACCUCAGCAGUCAGAUCCGCGUCACCACCGCCCACUCCCUCGCCGUGCUUGAGACCUCCUAUCCCCCUUCUUCUGGGGUUUUCCGGAAGAAUUUGACCCAGGAUUUCUUGUGCGAAAUCCUGGGGUUCUUGAAUUCUACCGGAUCCCCUUUCUACAUCAAUGCCUACCCCUAUUUCGCCGCCAAGGCGGACCCCGAGCACGUGAAGCUCGACUACGCGCUCUCCAACCCGAACUCCGGGGUAACUGACGACCACACGCAUUUGCAUUACGACAACCUGUUGUACGCCCAGAUCGACGCCGUUUACGCGGCGUCGGCCCAGCUGGGGUACGGAAGUGUGUGCGUGGAGGUCUCGGAGACGGGGUGGCCGUCGAAGGGCGACUCCGACGAGACCUCCGCCACACAGCAGAACGCAAGGGCGUACAAUGGGAACCUUUUGAGUCUCUUGGCCGAGAAAAAACGAACCCCUUUGACUCCGGCGAAUUGUGGGAUGGAUGCUUUCCUGUUUGCGCUGUUCAAUGAGAACAUGAAGCCGGGGCCGACGUCGGAGCGGAACUAUGGGCUCUUCAACGCCGACGGGUCGCCGUCGUAUGACCUUGGAUUUGCCGCCUGCGGCAUGAACGCUGGGAAUGACUCCGGCAGUUGCCGACCGGUCGGAGGCGUUAUGCCGCAGCCGCCGGCGACUAAUCAGACCGCCUGGAGUCCGUGGAACAGCUAUAUGUCGAUUACUUCCGACGCCGUUCAGGUGAGACCUCCACGAUUAUGCAGCAAAUGGAUGUGUUCUAUUAUAGCCUUGGGCUUCCUAUGCACACUUCAUUAUGGUAGAAAAAUUCCUGCAUUAUAGUUAGUUAUUUGGCUGGGUUGGGGUUGGUAUUUCUUUCAAGAAAUGAGAGAAAAAAAAGGAAAAUGCUAGGGGUACACCAAAAGUAUACCCCAAACAUCUCCCACCCCCUCUAUCAUCACACAAAAAAGGCAAGAAAUGAGAGAAAAAAAAUGUACCGAGAUUUAGCGUAGUACUCUAUGUAAGAAGAGCAAGUACAUUUCAAUUCAUCAUUUCACAAAUAAAUGCAUAACUCCUAC